AAUAUAAGGAAUGCAUAUUUUAUGUAAGAAAAGAAACAUUAAAUUUCAUAAAAAAUAAAUAAGUAAAAAAAAUAAUAAUAAAUUAAAUCUAAAAUCAACUCAAAAAUGAAAAUUUCUGUCUUUGCUCUCCUUGUCCUAGUUGUAUUAUCUGUUUUUGCUACUGUUGCUAAAGCUUAAGAUGAAUAACAAAAAACCGUAAAACUAUACAAUAAGACUGAUUAUAAAGUUAAAUGCUAUAUUGGUGAAUAAGGCUGCCUAUGCUGGAAAUGCAAAAGUUAUGAUGAUAUUUUAAAAUGCAAAUAUACUUGCCAUUGA